AUGCCGCAUCUCGAAGAUCUCCGCGUGGCUAUCUCUGUAUUACAGAAAAACUACUGGCCGUUCAUAGCCAGCUUGCUAGAAAACACCAACAGCCCAAUAAUCAACUUCAUCAACAUUAACCACCUCACCUUCCCCACCUCUUUCGGCGACGUUCGACAACGGAUCAGGGCUAAUUUCACACGAUUCCACACCGAAUACAUUGUUAUUGCCACAUUCGGUCUUCUCACUGAGUACUGGCUCAUGGCUGCUGCUGCGACUCUCAUUUACAAGCUGGACGCUACGCUUAGCCGCAUUCGUCAUUGGGUUCCUCCUCGGCAGUCCGGCGCUAGCGAAAAUGUGGCAUACUCGCUCAAUAUUCUGCGGUACAUCGCUCUUCCGACAAGCCUGUGGUGUAUUUGGUCAUUGCAUAGCAUUAUUACUGCUAUAAUGAAGUACUUAGUCUUGUUUAUGUUUCAUGCGACAAUGCUGGAUUCGACAGCAAAGGCAGUAGAGAAAUAG